AUCGGUCGAACGGAGAAAGGCAGUCGCGGCGCGGAUAUUGCGGCGUCUGGCUGCAGCGGAUCGGAACAGAGCGUGUGGAGGACAGUGGAGAAACCGCGUGCCAUUGACAGGUCAACGAGAAUAGCGGUAGAGGCUAUCGAACGAACGUAGAAACGAACGAAGAAACGUUCGUACUUAGUCCAACGAGAUACCACGUGUUUUGUUCGCGUAGAAUUUUAUUAACGUUCUCUCGUCUUCGCUAUCCUUCGUCCGUUUGUUGUCUGUCUUUCUUUCUCUCUCUCUUUCUUUCUUCCUUCCUUUCUUUCUCUCUUUCUUUCUUUCUCUCUCUCUCUCUUUCUUUCUCCGAAUUGAACAGUCAUUUGUUUCUACGAAGGAAGAGAGAGAUAGACAUAUAAUUUGAACGUGCAGUUUGUCGCAGUAAUUUAUUCGAGAGAAGCGUGUGUGUCCUUCGAAAAAACCGUUUCAGUUUCUCUCUUUCUCUCUCUCUCUCUCUCUUUUUCUUUUUCUUUCUUUCUCUCUCUCGUUGGUUUGUGAAGUAGCACGCGCGCGCGCGCGUAGUAACCGUCAUACGAGUGUGUAUUUGUGCCACGCGGAAAGUGUCUACACAUACGACUUUCGCGGAAUUACGUCGAAGGAGAAACACAUCGAGACUCGACGGAGAUCGUUGAUGCUGAGUAGUGUCGUGCUCGUGCUCGUGCUGUCCAGGACGUUUACCUCGAUCGCCUUGACAUUGAGCUUGGUCUUGCCUGACGUUUCUCCUUUAGCUUUUUGAACCACGCAACGCCCCCUUUCAUCGCUCGACAACGUUCAAGAGGCUCACACGCUACAGUUCGAAUAAUUUCGACGACGGUUAUUUUCGUCAUCGAUUUAUUUCCGUCAUUCAGUUUUGGAAUAACGGAUUUGGUUUUGCGGCGAUCGCAUCCAUUUUAUUAAACGAACAUGACACGAGAUACAUAAGUGUAUUGGAUAAAAUGAACAAAGGAUAAUACAGGUCCAUCCGGAGAGAAGCGAUCCGUACUCUUCUCCGAUAAUUCGCUGUUCGCAUUGCCAAUAUCAUUGAGCCCAAGUACUCUGGAAUGUUAACGAGAGAGACCUUCCUUCCAUUCGAAGAGUGGGAGAGAAACGGACGACGUUGGAGAACAAAUCGCAAAGUGGAACAUCCGGGUGAGCAUUCAGUCCCGAGUGUAGUUGGCGAAACUACAAUGGCCGAGUUUCGUAGAAGCGACUUUGUUAACGGACGGCCAUCUCUCGCUCCAACGCCGCUCUGUCUCGCGUCGUUUUAACAUGAUAAAAAUGCGGUGACGUUAAAGCGUUAUUGAAGAAACUAUUUACAAAUACAUAUCAUCGACGCAUAUAUAUUGAUCGAAACAGUAUUAAGAUACAACAUAGAAACUAUAUAUUCAAAUUGAUUCGUUCAACGAUUGAUGCAUAUCACUCUUCAAGAAUACGUGAAAGUAUUAAGGGGAAAAAGAAGAAAAAGAGAAGAAGAAAAAGACGGAGGAAGAGAAGAAGGAAGAAGAGAAGGAUAUAUAUCAGUCUCUUUCUUCGCUCGUAAUUUUUUUUUUACUUUCUCCGUCGAAAGAUCGGCGAUGUAAAGUGGGAUCGAUUUGUUUCUUUGUUUUAUCGCGUUUAUAUAGGCGAGAGUAGAGUAAAGUGGCAACAAGUGUUGGGAGGAAGAAUGUUGCUGAGGUAACACGCAUAGAAACCCUUUGAGAAUAGCGAAGGAAGUAGGAACGAAAAGGAGGAAUUAUUGAGAGAAGGGAGAAAGGAUCGAGGAAGAGAAAAGGAAAGAGAAGAGAUACAGGAAGAUCAAGAGGAGCAAAAAUAAGAGGAUGGGCUUUCCAAGAAGAAGAUCAUUGUGGUUGAAGAUCGCCGUACUGGCGACGGCUGUUUGGAUCACUGUGUGUUUCCUUCUGUAUACGGAGGAUCGAGCGGCUGCUGCAGUGGCACAAGGUUUGGCAUCCUCUGGUGUCGCAGCACCUCCUCAGGUGGCUAACGGAUUCGUUCCACCGGCGCUUCCUCUUAAAAAGGAGACAUCUGGAAACGUACAGAACAAGGCCAAACUCAAUCAACCUGGUCUUGACCAAGGAGCCGUCUUGGUUGCUCCCCGUGACCCAGACGUGGCGGCACUUGGUGAGAUGGGAAGACCCGUUAUCUUACCGACGAACCUAACCGCGGAGAUCAAAAAGCUGGUUGACGAUGGCUGGGUUAACAACGCUUUCAAUCAGUACGCCAGCGAUCUUAUUUCAGUGCACAGAACUUUACCCGAUCCACGUGACCAAUGGUGUAAAGAGCCUGGAAGAUAUCUGAAGGAUCUUCCGCCUACUGCAGUGAUUAUUUGCUUUCACAACGAAGCCUGGUCGGUUUUGUUAAGGACAGUUCACUCUGUAUUGGACAGAUCACCGGAUCAGCUCAUACAAGAAAUUAUUCUCGUUGAUGAUUUCUCGGAUAUGCCUCAUCUGAAGCGGCAGUUGGAAGAUUACAUGAUGAACUAUCCAAAGGUGAAGAUCAUUCGUGCUCAAAAACGAGAAGGUUUGAUCAGAGCUCGUCUACUCGGAGCAUCCGCUGCCAAAGCACCGGUCCUCACGUAUUUGGACAGUCACUGUGAGUGUACCGAAGGAUGGCUCGAACCUCUUUUGGAUCGAAUCGCACGAGAUCCAACGACGGUAGUUUGUCCGGUGAUCGAUGUUAUCGAUGACGCUACACUCGAGUACCAUUGGAGGGACUCAGGUGGUGUGAACGUCGGUGGGUUCGAUUGGAAUCUUCAGUUCAACUGGCACGCGGUACCGGAUAGAGAGAAGAAAAAGCAUAAGAAUCCGGCGGAGCCUGUUUGGUCGCCAACGAUGGCGGGUGGUUUGUUCUCGAUAGAUCGGGCUUUCUUCGAGAAACUCGGUACAUAUGACAGUGGAUUCGAUAUCUGGGGCGGUGAGAAUCUCGAGCUGUCCUUCAAGACUUGGAUGUGCGGAGGCACACUGGAAAUAGUGCCGUGCUCGCACGUGGGUCAUAUCUUCAGGAAGCGUUCCCCUUACAAGUGGCGUAGCGGCGUGAACGUGCUCAAGAGGAAUAGCAUAAGGUUGAGUGAAGUGUGGUUGGACGAGUACGCCAAGUACUACUACCAAAGGAUAGGUCACGACAAGGGUAACUAUGGGGACGUAUCGGAACGAAAAGCCCUAAGGAAAAAGCUUGGAUGCAAGUCGUUUAAGUGGUACCUCGACAACAUUUAUCCGGAACUCUUCAUUCCAGGCGAAGCCGUAGCUUCUGGAGAGGUACGUAAUCUUGGAGAAGGAGGCAACACCUGCUUGGAUUCCCCGGCACGAAAGGCCGAUUUGCAUAAGGCAGCCGGACUCUACCCGUGCCAUCGACAAGGAGGAAAUCAGUACUGGAUGUUGAGCAAGAUCGGUGAAAUCCGUAGAGACGAAUCCUGUCUGGAUUAUAGCGGCCAGGAUGUUAUUCUUUAUCCUUGUCACGGGAGCAAAGGAAAUCAAGAGUGGGUUUAUAAUUCUCAGACGAAGCAGCUCAGGCACGGUAGUAGCGACAAAUGUCUGGCAAUCACCGAAAGCAAGCAACGAUUGCUGAUGGAGGAAUGUUCGCCAUCUGAACCCAGACAGAGGUGGUCCUUCGAGAACUACGAUCCCUCGAAGCUGUGA